AUGGGCUGCGCCGGGUCGACUCUGCGGUCGGGCGCGUCAUUUGAGGACAGCCGCCUCGCGGCGAUUGAGGAUAGUCGCUUCCAUGAGGUGGGCCAUCACGCCCAGUUUGAGGACAGCCGCCUCGCGGCGAUUGAGGAUAGUCGCUUCCAUGAGGUGGGCCAUCACGCCCAGUUUGACGAAGGCGGUCGCUUCAAGCAGCUGCCGCCCGCCAAUGAUGAUGCCAAGCUGCUCGUUGCCGAUCACCCCUCACUGGGCGUGAUACGGCUCGACUACGACUACCCGCCCGCCCUCGGUGACGUUGACCACCCGGGCUCCUUCUACUACGACGUGUUCUAUCGUGUCGUGCCCGGCCUGACCUUUGAGUUAUGCCAGAGUGGCGAGUUGCCUGACGACGUCAAGCAGCGUUUCAUUGACGCCAUCACGUGGCUCGACGAGCAGGGUGUGGCGGGCAUCACAGGCGACUGCGGCUUCUUCAUGUACUUUCAGGCCCUCGCACGGUCCGUCACCAGCAAGCCCGUCUUCAUGUCGUCGCUCUGCCAGCUGCCCGCCGUUGUAUGUGCCUACGCCGCCGACGAGCAGAUCGCGCUCUUCACCGCCAACGGCGAGUCGCUCAAGCCCAUGCGUGAGAUCAUCAAGAAGGAGUGCGGCGUGGACCCGGACGACACGCGCUUCGUCAUCGUCGGCUGCGAGGACGUGCCUGGCUUCGAGGCAGUCGCGAAUGGUGACCGCGUCGAUGUCGACUCCGUCGUGCCGCACCUCGUCCGCCUGGCAGAGGACACCGUUGCCAAACACGCGGGCACGGCCAAGCCGAUCCGCGCCAUCCUGUUUGAGUGCACGGAGCUUCCGCCCUACUCGGACGCCGUGCGCGCGGCGACCCGGCUGCCCGUCUUCGAUAGCAUCACGUGCUGCAACUCCAUGCUCGCGUCGCUCAUGGACAACCCGCGCUUCGGUGUCAACAACUGGCACCUCUCCUGGGACGGCGCGCACACCGCUCACCGCUUUGGCGACAACGUGCCGCCGCAUCUGAAGGGCAAACUCGUCAACAGGGAGCACCCCGAGAACAUCGCAAGGUGGAACGCGAGUCUCGCGGAGCGGUCGUCGUUUUCUAGCGCUCAGCAAGAAAGCAUCGGGCGAGGAUCGCGCAAGCUGUGA